CUUUACCCCAUACCCUCUCAAAGUCUCUCUCUCUCUCUCUCUCUCUCUCUCUGCCCCUCCCACAUUCUCGCAGAGACUGAGGAAACACAACCAAUAGCCAUGGAUGAGGUUGUAGUUCUCUACCCAUCACCGGCUAUCGGCCACUUGAUAUCUAUGGUAGAGUUAGGCAAGCUUAUACUCUCCUACCGACCUUCCCUUUCCAUUCACAUCUUCAUUACCGCUGCACCUUACAGUGCAGGCUCCACUGCCCCUUAUAUUGCUGAAGUGGCUGCCACCAUUCCUUCAAUCUACUUCCACCAUCUUCCCACCAUCACCCUCCCUCCCACGACAAUCACUCAUCAUGAAACGCUCACCUUUGAGGUCCUCCGGCUCAGCAAGCCUCAUGUCCGCCAAGCCCUUCUGUCCAUCUCCAAAAGCCACUCCAUUAACGCCGUAAUUAUGGAUUUCUUCUGUGCUGCUUCUCUCUCUGUUGCCUCUGAACUCAACAUCCCUGGUUAUUUCUUCUUUACUUCCGGUGCUGCGUGUCUUGCUCUUUUCCUUUAUCUUCCGACCAUUCAUGACAACACUACCAAAAGUUUCAAAGAUCUUGACACUUUUCUCCAUGCUCCGGGUGCUCCACCAGUACUGUCCACUGACAUGCCAAAGCCAAUGCUUGAUCGCUACGAUAAGGCCUAUGAAUACCUUUUAGAGUUCACUACCUGCCUUCCCAAAUCUGCGGGAAUUAUCGUAAACACCUUUGAAUUGCUUGAGGUCAGAGCUGUAAAGGCAAUAUCGGAUGGAUCAUGUGUGCCCAAUAGUACCACACCAUUUGUUUACUGUAUCGGACCCUUAAUAGUGACCAAGAAUAGAAAUGAUGGUGUGCCAGAGUGUUUAACCUGGCUUGAUUCUCAACCAAGUCGAAGUGUUGUUUUUUUGUGUUUUGGUAGCUUGGGGUUGUUCUCAAAGGAACAAUUAAGAGAAAUAGCUAUUGGGUUGGAGAGAAGUGGACAGAGUUUCUUGUGGGUGGUGCGUAAUCCGCCAUCUAAUAACCACAGCUUAGCCAUCUCACCCGAGGCAGAUCCAGAUUUGGAAUCAUUGCUCCCUGAUGGUUUCUUGGAUCGUACCAGGGAGAGAGGAUUUGUGGUGAAGUCAUGGGCUCCACAGGUAGCAAUAUUGAAUCACAACUCGGUGGGGGGGUUUGUGACUCACUGUGGGUGGAACUCAGUGCUUGAGGCGGUGUGUGCAGGAGUGCCAAUGGUGGCAUGGCCACUGUAUGCAGAGCAAAGGUUCAAUAGGGUGUUGCUGGUGGAGGAAAUUAAAAUUGCUUUGUCAAUGAAGGAAUCAGAGAACGGGUUUGUAACUGCAAGAGAGGUGGAGAAGCGAGUCAGUGAAUUGAUGGACUCGGAGGCAGGUAAUUCAGCUAGGGAGCGAACCAUUGCCAUGAAAAACGGAGCCAGGGCAGCAGUGAGUGAGGGUGGUUCAUCUCGUGUUGCAUUGUCCACACUGGUGGAGUCAUGGAAACGUUAAUGAGUUAAGUGCGUCUGCUCCGCUUUACUGUGUACAUAAUUGAUUUUUUUUUUUUUUUUUUAAAUGUUACUUGCUUGGAUGAUGUGUUUUUGCGGGUAAUAAAUAAAAUACGAAGAGAAAACUCAUCCAGCUAGGGAGAGGUUCUUUUCAUCCUUCCUCUAUGUGGGCAUCGCACUUUAAAAGUUGACUAGUUCUAUUUGUAUGUAUGGCUACAGUAUCUGUAUGAAAAUGACCUGAUAUUUGUA